AUGCCGCUCAACAACCAAAUUCGUCGCCUAGCUGUCAUCGGUGCUGGUCCUUCUGGUCUUGCUUCCGUCAAAUAUCUAUUGGAAGAGAAAUACUUCGAGCAAAUCGAUGUAUUUGAGCAAAGAAGCUCCGUUGGAGGAAUCUGGAACUAUACCCCAAGUUCCUUAAAGAAUGAGCAGCUGGCCACAGCUCCCCAACUGACUCCCCACGAGUCCCUAGAGAAACCGAUAUGGGGAAAUAAGUCUGGGGGCGCGAAAGAGGCAAUAUUUAUUUCUCCGUUAUAUGAUCGACUUGAAACCAACAUUCCCAAGGAACUGAUGCGUUACUCGGACAAACCAUUUCCAAAAGAAGCCCAGCUAUUCCCAAAGCACAACACUGUGAAGGAAUACCUCGAUGAAUAUGCUAGCGACAUCAGGAGUCUUAUCCAAUUCCAGACUCAAGUCAAGGAGGUUAAAUUGAGAGAUUCUAAGUUGAGUACCUGGGACUUGAAAACCACCAAUCUUCAUACUGGUAUCGACACCAUUAAAACCUACGACUCGGUGGUCGUGGCAAGUGGCCGCUUCGCUGUUCCGUACCUGCCAGAUAUUGCUGGAAUCAAAGAUUGGGACAAAUCCUAUCCAGGGGUCAUAUCCCACUCAAAGUUAUACGACUCACCUGAAAUUUUCAGAGGAAAAAAGGUGGUAGUGGUAGGAGGCGCUGCCUCGGGACUUGACAUCGGUGCUCAAAUUAGUGAGGUCAGCAAGGGCAAGAUUUUGAUGUCGCAGCAGUCCGAAUCCUACUUGGCAGUAUCUGCACCAUCAGACAGAAUUAUUCACCCGGAGAUCGUCGAGUUUUUAGCUCCGGAGAAACAUGACCGAGCUAUACGAUUUGCCAAUGGUCACAUCGAGGACGAAAUAGAUGCCAUUGUUUUUUGCACGGGAUAUUUAUACUCCUAUCCAUUCCUUUCGACUCUCCAGCCUUCUGUUGUGACUGAUGGUUGGCGAACGAGAAACGUGUAUCAACAUAUGUUUUACACAGAACAUCCUACACUUAUUUUUCCUGAGCUGCUGCAGCAGGCGAUACCGUACCCCAUGGCAGAGAACCAAGCAGCUGUAUUUUCUAGGGUCUUGUCUGGUCGCUUACAACUUCCGAAAAAAGCGCAUAUGGAAAAAUGGGAAGAGUCUGAAAUCGUACAGAAAGGUGAAGGGAAAGCAUUUCAUGUGCUUCAAUUCCCAGCGGAUGUCAAUCAUAUGAACUUUUUACAUGAUUGGGCAGCAAAGGCGGAGCCUCGUCCAGGAUUGGUCAAUAACGGGAAUGGGAAGUAUGGAAGCUAUUGGGGAGAUCGAGAGCGGUGGAUGCGAGAAACCUUUCCUGAGAUGAGACGGGCAUUUAUUCAGCUUGGAGAGCAGCGAAGUGAUAUCAAGACGAUCGAAGAGCUUGGAACUGAUUUUGAUGCCUGGAAACGGAACCAAGUCAAUGGUGCUGUUUAA